CUCUCAGCUGCUGCUGCGACCACACAGCCGAGCUCCGACUCUCCUCCCGCUUCUUGUUUGGGACUUUGACCGAACUUUGUGCGUCGAGCAUCACCAGACUCUGCGACAUGGAGUAAAACUGACCCCAGAGCAGCGGCAGCGUGGAUGCUUCAGGAAACACGCGUAGCUUCUUCUCGAGAGUUGCGACCCGUCCGGACCUUUCAGGGGGAGGUUUGUGAGGAUCAUGGAAGAGGACGAAGGGCACCAGGAGAACGGGAUCCAGGUCUCCAAAGACUCGGACCGACAGCAGCGGCUCCGGCUCUGCGUUUUAAACGAGACUCUGAACACGGAGAGGGAUUAUGUUCGGACGCUGCUCUUCCUCCAGUCGGCAUUUUUGCAGCGAAUCAGACAAACUCCAGAUGACCAGCAGUGUCUCUCACCUGAACAUGUCAAGAUCCUGUUUUCAAACAUUGAGGACAUCCUGGAGCUGCACAAAGAGGUGCUGUCUGCUGUGGAGAGCGGCUUGCAGCCUGAACCCCAUCCUAACCAUGCCCUGGGCCACGUGUUCCUCCAGUUUAAGGACAGUUUCUCAGUGUACGGCGAGUACUGCAGUAACCAUGAAAAGGCUCUACGACUUCUAAUAGAGCUAAACAAGAUUCCUGACAUCAGAGCCUUCCUACUGCACUGCAUGGUUCUUGGAGGAAAGAAGGGCACAGAUAGUAUUCCACUGGAGGGUUACCUUCUCACGCCCAUUCAGAGGAUCUGCAAGUACCCUCUGCUGCUGAAGGAGCUGCUCAAAAGGACCCCUAAGAAACAUGCAGAUUACCCCGCAGUGGAGGAGGCUCUGCAGGCCAUGAAGGCUGUGUGCUCCAACAUCAACGAGACCAAGAGGCAGAUGGAGAAGCUGGAGGCUCUAGAACACCUGCAGUCACACAUUGAAGGCUGGGAGGGAACCAACCUAACAGAUAUCUGCACAGAAUUGCUUCUUCAUGGAAAUCUUCUCAAAAUCUCAGCAGGCAACAUCCAGGAACGUGUCUUCUUCCUUUUUGACAACCUUUUAGUUUAUUGUAAAAGGAAGUCCAGGGUUUCUGGAAAGAAGUCUAGUAAGAGGACCAAGUCUAUCAACGGGCCCCUCUAUGUGUUCAGAGGCCGAAUCAACACGGAGGUGAUGGAGGUGGAAAAUGUGGAAGAUGGAACAGCUGACUAUCACAGCAACAACUACACAGUGACUAACGGCUGGAAGAUCCACAACACGGCUAAGAACAAGUGGUUUGUCUGCAUGGCCAAAAAUGCAGAGGACAAGCAGAAGUGGCUGGAUGCCAUCCUGAGGGAACGGGAGCAAAGAGAAAGUCUGAAGUUGGGAAUGGAGCGAGACGCCUACGUGAUGAUAGCAGAGAAGGGAGAGAAGCUCUACCACAUGAUGAUGACCAAGAACAGGCAUCUGAUCAAGGAUAGGCGUAGGAAGCUCAGCAUUGUGCCCAAGUGCUUUAUGGGAAAUGAGUUUGUAUCGUGGCUGUUAGAAAGUGGAGAGAUCAGUAAUGCUGACGAGGGAGUCAACCUGGGACAAGCCUUACUGGAAAAUGGCAUUAUUCAUCAUGUGUCCGACAGGCACCAGUUCAAGAAUGAGCAGGUGCUGUACCGCUUCCGCUAUGAUGAUGGCACCUACAAGGCCCGCAGUGAGAUGGAGGACAUCAUGUCCAAGGGCGUCAGGCUUUACUGCCGCCUUCACAGCCUCCACACUCCCGUCAUCAAGGACAGAGACUACCAUCUGAAAACCUUCAGAUCUGUUGUCCCUGCCAGCAAACUGGUGGACUGGCUCAUCUCACAGGGAGACUGCUCGACCCGAGAGGAUGCUGUGACGCUGGGUGUGGGGCUCUGUAACAGCGGCUUCAUGCACCACGUCCUGGAGAAGAGUGAGUUUAAAGAUGAGUCGCAGUUCUUCCGUUUCUACGCUGAUGAAGAAACUGAGGGGACCGGCACCAAGAGCAAGCAGCUCCAGAGAAAUGACUUCAAGCUCAUCGAAAACAUCUUAGCCAAGUCCCUCGUGAUUCACCCUGAGGAGGAGGACUAUGGCUUUGAGAUUGAGGAGAAAAACAAGGCCAUUGUGGUGAAAUCUGUCACCAGGGGCUCACAUGCUGAGAUGGCUGGCCUGCAGGUGGGCAGGAAGAUCUACACCAUCAACGAGGACCUGCUGUUCCUCAGGCCGCUGUCAGAGGUCGACACCAUGAUUGGCCAGGCCUUUUGCAUGCGACGCUCUCUGCGGCUGCUGGUCGCCACCAAAGCCAAAGAGAUCGUAAAGGUCCCUGACAACCCUGAUAGCCUCUCCUUCCGACUCUCAGGAUCUGCACCUCCUCACGUCCACGCUGUCAGAAAAGGCUGGGAGGCGGCCGGGGCCGGUCUUCAGCCGGGUCAGGUUGUUCUGAAAGUCAACGGCAAUAACGUCAACCAGAGUGAUCACCAGGAGGUCUUGGAGCACUUCAGCGCCCACCACACUCACCAGGGUCCUCCUCAAGCGUGUCACUGGGUGUACCGGGCUUUUGACGAUGUGGAAGAGCUUCAGAGACCAUCAAGUAGUGAUGAGAAGAAGGCGAGGCCUUUUGAGUCGUACCCAGUGGAGAACGGCUCGGACCACGAGGAGGAGAACACCACCAACGGAACAGAUCACAGGCUUGGCAGACUUUCCCUGUCCGGUGAUCUGCCUCUGGUCAGUCUCACAGUUGAUAACGUCCACCUGGAGCACGGAGUGGUUUAUGAGUACGUGAGCACCGCUGGAACCAAAAGCCACGUCUUAGAGAAAAUCCUGGAGCCCAAAGGCUGCUUCAGCCUAACCGCUAAGAUCCUGGAGGCUUUUUCUGGUGACGACAGCCUCUUCGUACAUAAUUGCAGCCAGCUCAUCUCCCAGAGCGAUCGCGUCGUUACCAUGCCACAGUACGAGUUUAGACAAAUCUGCGACACCAAGCUGGAGAGUAUCAAACGGCGAAUCAGCAGCUAUCAGCAGUUUUCCCAGGAGCUAAAGAACAAGGUGUGGCCCCCCUUCAGGCAGGCUGGUGCCCACCCUCACCCACUGGGCUGCAUGGACUUUGUUCCCACAAACUGCCACAUCAAUUUGAUGCAGGUCUCUUACCCCAAAAGCACUACCUCAGCCGGCAGGACGUUCAGCAUCCGCUUUGGACGCAAAAACUCUAUUUUUGGCAUGGACCCAGACCAAGCACAAUUGAACCCCAUGUCCCACACUCAGCACUGUGUGACCAGCAUGGGCGCUCCUUCCUGGAACUGCUCCGGCCUGGAAGUGGACGAGGCGAACGGCAGCGGGGAGCCGACUCUGGAUGGAGGCGAGGGUGGGAUGGAUGGAAGACAGGGCAUCUAUGGAGAGGGUGGGCUGAGUUUCCUGCUCAAACAGGAAGACACAGAGACACAGGACGCCUACAUUUACUUGUACAGCCGCUUGGAUGUUGCCCUAAGGGAAAUGAAGCAGUAUGUGGCACAAAUAGAUGUCCUCUUAUCAUCUAUCACCGAACCCACACAACUGGAAGCAGAGAGUGGAGAGCCCCCGGCCGACGAGUCAAAUCAGCCUCCUUCUUUGGCCCCCUGUGAGGAUGGCUGUGAUCAGGAUAAAACGGAGCAAGGAGGUAUUAAAAAAGUAUGCUUUAAGGUGAUUGAAGAGGACCAGGAGGACUCUGGCCACGACACAAUGAGCUACAGGGACUCCUACAGUGAAUGCAACAGCAACAGAGAUUCAGUUCUGUCCUACACCAGUGUGCGAAGUAACAGCUCUUACCUGGGAAGUGACGAGAUGGGAUCAGGCGAUGAGCUGCCAUGUGAUAUGAGGAUUCCUUCUGACAAACAAGACAAGCUGCACGGCUGCCUCGAGCACCUUUUCAACCAGGUUGAAUCAAUUAACGGACUCCUCAAGGGACCUGUUAUGACCAAGGCCUGCGAGGAGACCAGACACUUUUACUCUGACCACAACCAGCCAGAGUUCCGUCAAACAGACGACUGGACUGCCCGCUGUCGUUACGUUAUCUACAAGAACAUCCAGGAGGACCCUUGGAACCUGCCCAACUCAAUCAAGACCCUGGUGGAAAGUCUGCAAAGAUUUGUAGAUGAGGGAAAGAACCAGCUUCUUCUGGCUCUGCUGAAGUGCACAGACACGUCUCUGCAGCUGCGACGUGACGUGAUUUUCUCCCAGGCAGCGACGGGCGCCUUGUGCACGUUGGCCGAGCAGCUGCUGACGGCCUUGCGGUCGAGGUUUAACAAUGCUGGCGAGUAUCAAGAAGACAGCAAGGAGACCAGCCGCAAGUGGCUGGAGCAAACAUCUGUCAUUGGUGUUUUGCUACACUUUCAGUCCACGCUCUCUCCACAUCUGAAAGAGGAGCGGACCAUGCUGGAGGACACCAAGGCAGCCCUGUUAGACUUGGACAAAGUCACUGUGUCAUUCAAGCAGCUGGAGGACGAGUGUCUAGUUGCAAACACACCUGUAUGUUACCAGGUGGAGGGCAGCCGACAUGCGCUGAAGGUCACCAUGUACCUGGACAGCUGUCACUUCAGUGAGCUGCCCAGUCGGCUGCAGAAUGGAGGCAGCCUCAAGAUCCAGACGGUCCUCUUCACCAGAGCUCUGGAGCGUCCAGAAGGAGUGUCCCAACAGGACUAUACGGACAUGGAGGAGUUCCAGCAGCGCAUCAACGCUGUAUCGCUAGAGAGGGUGAAGGCUUACUACCGCAGACUCAGGGCAUUCUAUUUGGAGAAGUCUAAUCUUCCCACAGACUCGAACUCCACAGCCAUGAAGAUAGACCAGCUUCUGCGGCCCCUGAACACCCUGGAUGACCUCUGUCGACUCAUGCAGUCCUAUAUGAAUGUGCGUCCAGGUGCCCAGGGCCACCCGUCAGGUGUCGGCAUGCUUUGUGUGUCCUCUGAACUGUGUAACCGCCUGGGAGCCUGCCACAUCUCCAUGUGCGGCACGGGCAUGCAGAGGUGCACCCUGAGUGUGACACUGGAGCAGGCAACGAUCCUGGGCCGGAACCACGGCCUCCUGCCACGCUGCAUCAUGCAGACCUUGGACAUAAUGAGGAAACAGGGUGCAAGAGUUGAACUCUCUGCUAAAAAUCUCAAGGUAAUGGACCAGAUGCCUCCAUCAGCUCCAAGGCUGUUCAAGUUGUGCUUGCCGCCCUCAGAUGGUGAUCUCUAAAACUACUUCAGAGUAUCCAUCUUGGAGAGGGAACAAAAAUGCAGUAGUGGAAGAUGUUAAAAGGGGAUGACAGAAACUAUAAGACUUGAGUUUUUAUUACUUCCCUUCUAAAGGA